UCUGCCGGUACAGAGGAGGGACGGGCGGCGAGCAGCCGGUAGGAGAGGUCAUCACAGUGUUCACCGCCUCACCUCCGACACAGCUGUUUUCCAUCCGCAGCUGAACAAGAGGCUGUUUCCCACACUUUCACCACACCAUGAACAGGCCCACCGAGCCGCGGAGCUCCUGCUAACGGUCCUGAAGAUGCCCGAUGCGUGUUGCUCGGUGCUAGAAGAUGGCGGAGUCGGAUGGUGGAGAUUUUGCUCCGAAACAUUCGCAGAGCAGUAUGGCAAACAAGAAUAGCACCCUUCGCUGUACUUUCUCGGCUCCAAGUCACAGUGGCACCCUCCUCCAGGGCUUGUCGGUUUUGCGGUCUCAAGGCCAACUACUUGACGUCGUGCUGGCCAUCAAUGAGGAGCGCUUCCAAGUCCAUAAAGCAGUGCUGGCCGCCUGUAGUGAUUAUUUCAGAGCAAUGUUUACCGGAGGCAUGAGGGAGUCUAACCAAGAUACCAUUGAGCUGAAGGGACUGUCUGCUCGAGGGUUGAAACAUAUUAUCGACUUUGCCUACAGUGCAGAAGUGACUUUAGACCUGGACUGUAUUCAGGAUGUCCUCGGGGCUGCAGUGUUUCUGCAAAUGGUCCCUGUUGUGGAGCUCUGUGAGGAGUUCCUUAAGUCGGCAAUGAGCGUCGAGACAUGCCUGCACAUUGGACAGAUGGCCACCACCUUCAGCUUGUCUUCCCUCAAGGAGUCUGUGGACGCCUUCACCUUUCGCCACUUCCUCCAGAUUGCAGAGGAGGAGGACUUCCUGCACAUUCCCAUGGAGCGCCUCAUCUUCUUCCUCCAAAGCAACAAACUGAAGAACUGCAGUGAGAUCGACCUCUUCCACGCUGCCAUCAGGUGGCUCCAGUAUGACGAGUCUCGCCGGGCUCAAGCCAGCAGUGUCCUCUGCCACGUGCGCUUCCCGCUCAUGCGCUCCUCAGAGUUGGUGGACAGUGUUCAGACGGUGGAAAUCAUGGUGGAGGACGUGCUGUGCCGACAGUAUCUCCUUGAGGCCUUCAAUUACCAGAUCCUUCCCUUCCGACAGCAUGAAAUGCAGUCCUCGCGGACACUCAUUCGUUCCGACGUCAUGUCGCUUAUCACCUUUGGUGGGACGCCAUACACUGACAACGACCGUACAGUGAGCACCAAGGUGUACUAUCUCCCUGACAUUGCUUCCCGCCAAUUCAAAGAGCUGACAGAGAUGGAGGCGGGCUGCAGCCAUGCUUGUGUUGCCGUCCUCGAUAACUUUGUGUAUGUUGUCGGUGGACAGCACUUACAGUACCGCAGCGGCGAGGGGGCGGUGGACAGCUGUUUCCGCUAUGACCCUCAUCUGAGCCAGUGGCUGCGUAUCCAACCCAUGCAGGAGGCUCGUAUCCAGUUUCAGCUCAACAUGCUGCACGGACAGCUGUACGCCACAGGAGGGCGCAAUCGAUCUGGCAGCCUGUCAUCUGUAGAGUGUUACUGCCCAAAGACGAAUGAGUGGUCCUAUGUGGAACCAUUAAAACGGAGGAUUUGGGGUCAUGCAGGCACUCCUUGUGGAGAGAAGCUGUACAUCUCGGGCGGUUACGGCGUCUCAUUAGACGACAAGAAAACUCUUCACUGCUACGAUCCAGCGUCAGACCAGUGGGACUUCAGAGCUCCCAUGAAUGAACCCAGAGUGCUACAUGCCAUGAUCAGCACCAGGGAUCGCGUUUAUGCCCUUGGUGGUCGCAUGGACCACGUGGACCGUUGUUUUGAUGUGCUGGCAGUCGAGUAUUACAUUCCAGAGAACGACCAGUGGACCACCGUGAGCCCCAUGAGAGCAGGGCAGUCUGAGGCAGGCUGCUGUCUCCUGGCCGGGAAGAUCUAUAUCGUCGGAGGCUACAACUGGCAUCUGAACAAUGUCACAAGCAUCGUUCAGGUGUACAAUACAGAGACAGAUGAGUGGGAGAGGGAUUUGCACUUCCCAGAAUCCUUUGCAGGCAUAGCUUCUACACCAAUUCUACUUCCACAAAACACCACUCAACGCUAAGCAUCUGACCUGCGACUGUGAAGGUUUUAUUCCAUGUGCUCUUUCUGCCGACCGUUGAGUCAACACAAGGUGUGAACAUUAUUUGUGUGUGUGUGUGUGUGUGUGUGUGUGUGUGUGUGUGUGUGUGUGUGUGUGUGUGUGUGUGUGUGUGUGUGUGUGUGUGUGUGUGUGUGUGUGUGUGUGUGUGUGUGUGUGUGUGUGUGUGUGUGUGUGUGUGUGUGUGUGUGUGUGUGUGUGUGUGUGUGUGUGUGUUCAUAUGAACAAAUGCCCUGACAAGCUACUGAAGUGCAUUACUCAGAGGUAUGUUUUAUUUUCUUUUUAUUUGUUUUGAAUAACGUGUGUUUAUUCAACUGGCAGAUGUUCAUUAAUACUUCAUGUAAAAACUCAUAAGGGUCUCUAUUUUGGGACAUUUUGAGCUUUUGAAUUAAAGCUAUGACCAUUGACCAAGACAUGUUGAUAUGUUCAAGUAAAAAGGUCUUGAAGCACACAAUGCUCAGAGUAAUUUUUUGUUGAAAUAUAUUAUUGGUAAUAAUUAUUAGACCACUGACCACUGCUUUCUGACUCUUCCUUUGCGAUUCUUUAUGGAGCUAGACUGUGUUUUCUUCCUAAGGUUGUAAUGAAUUCCACACCGGUUAGUAAUGAAUGUCUUCCUGUAUCUUUUCCGUCUUUUCUAAAGAUUAUCAUGCACUUCUAUUCUUUUCAGUAUUGCUGAAUGAUAAUUUAGUUUGGAUUAUCUGUUGAUUUUGCAUAUACAAUGUAUGCAUAAAAUAUUUGACUCAAAAAAUAUUUUCAUUUUAAACAAUUUAUUGUAUGAAUUGCAUUACUACAUUUAUAUGUGUCUUUAAGAAGCUGCUAUAAUUGUUUACAAACGAUGAACAAAUUCAAACAAAAGUACUGUUGUUGAAGUGGACUUUGUAAAGAAAGCAGUUGGUCUAAUAAUUAUUUCUAAAGCUCAAAUCUGUAUGAAUAUUUUACACUUUACCAGCUGGAAUAUAUAAGAUCACGGGCCAAUUAACUGGAAACAUAUUUGUUGUAAGAGAUCAUUCCAGAGUAGCAUUAACUAAAGUUUUACCAGUCAAGGGCUUCAGUUAAGUGCAGCACAAAUAGUCUCCUUUGAUUUUAUCCUAUAAUCACUGAUUUUGCUGUGCAAAGUUAUUAACACACUCAACCUUUAUAACUUUGGACAUUUUGAUUGUGCAGUUGUGAUUUUUUUUAUGUUGUCUUUUUUAUCUUGUAAUUUGAUUAUUCACACAACCGAGAUAACUGAAAAUCUUGAUGUUUUAUGUGUGUGUCUCCUGAGAUUUACUAAUCAACACACCACAUGUCAAUACAGUGAUGAUUGCACAAAAUCGAGUAUUGGAUUGUUUCGACUUUGAACCAGUUAUUCCACAUUAUGGUGUUAAUGUUUUUUGUUUUAAGUGCUACUGCCCUCGCACUUCCUGAGCUGAAAACGAGUGACACACAUUGUUUUUUAAAGUGACAUAACAAGCCAGUGUGGACCUCUUAUGGCAGCUACAUGAUUAAUGUGUGUGUCCUUUAGAGGAUCAGUGUGUGCUGCUCUUUGUGUUAAAGAAGCACUACAACUUGCAUAAAGUACAUAACUUGUCUGUAAACUACAGUAACAUUUAGCCUUGCAACAGAUAAUUGUCAUUUAAAAAGUGAGGAUUUAACUUCUUAGCUCUUUCACAGAUUCUUACAAAUGUUUAAUUUACACAUAAAACAUAUUCAAACUAUCCAUUUUGUCAUGGCUUACUUCAGCUUGUGUUUUUAUUUUCACUGCAUUGCUGCACUUUUCAGAUUUCUGAUGCUGAUUUCAUCAGUGUUCUUGACCCGUCCUGCUGUCCUCAUUUACAGGCACCAAAAAAUAUUGUUUCCUUGUCUGAAAAAAAAUACAAAAAUUCAGCAAAAAAAAUCCCCCAAAUUUCUGAAAACCUGCAAAACCUUCAGGAAGAAAAUUCCAAUAAUUCUUUAAAAAUUUCCCUUAAAAGUUUUAUUUUUAAAAAAUUCCCCAAAUUUGGCAAGAAAAUUCUUGUAAAUAUUUUCAAAAAAUGUGUAAAAAUCUUCCAAAAAAAUCCUAAAAAUAUCUAAAGUGAUUCCAUAUAUAUCAGUAAAACUUCUAUUUUCUUUAAGAACAUUCACAAAAAAAACAACCAAAAUCCAGCAAAAUUCGCUGGAUUUUGGUUGAUUUUUCUUAAGAAACAUUUUUAACAAUUCUUUUUUCCACUAAAAAAUGUCCAAAGAUUUCCCCAAAAUGUUGAAAAUGUGGACAUCAGAAGUUUCACUGUGAAAACAUAUUUUUUUCUCCACAUUUUCAAACUUUAAAAUGGGUCAAUUUGACCCACAGGACAACACGAGGGUUAAUGCGUUCACUGAUAGGAAGCAAACUUUUUGUUGGUUUUCAUUUCCAGCAUGAGCAUUUACAUGAUGAUGAGGAGCGUCCUUCUUAAAACCGUCUCCUGUCUGCCUUAGUACGUCUUUGUCUUGGUUGGUCUACCUGUGUCAGUAAAAGCACAUUAUAUUGUUGAAGUGCAAUAUAAAGGAACUUGCUGUAGUCAAAGGGGAAUGUACACAUUUGUGUAGCUUUAUGUGCUUCCUUUAAUAAAAGUGUCUCAUGUUUUAAAAAUA